UGGUCACAUGGCAGCGAGGAUUCCCGGCGUCCACUGCGCAGGCAAGAUGGCUGCCUCCAUGAGAAUGUUCCGGGCACUUGGUGAACAGGGGCUAGCUGCCAUUCUCAGUCCACCCCGAUUGGCUGCCCCUGUAAUGAUCCUACCCAUCAGGACCAAGAAGAGGUACUUCAUACCCCCAGCUGUGGGAAGUAAACAUAAAACUAUGAGUGACAUGGUGAACAAGGCUCGGGCAGCUGGUGUGGUGACGCCUCAGGAAAUCCAAGAGCGGCCGAUCAACGUGUCCUGCACAGCUGGCAUAUUUGACCCAUAUGUGCCACCUGAAGGUGAUGCCCGCCUGUCAUCGCUUACCAAGGAGGGGCUAAAGCAGAGAACUCAGCAGCUGAAACAGACAGCGGCCUCUCAGCUAGCAAUUCGUAAGAUUAAGGAAUAUGACAGUGAAUUCAGAACAAAAUCAUUCCCAGAGAAAGCUCAGGAAAUAUUUUUAGCAGCACACGAGUGUCUGACACAGUUUGACCGCCACAAGUUGCACAGCUUGGUGACAGAACGUUGCUAUCCUGAGUUGGUGCGUGGAAAUAGAUAUCGAACUCUGCGCUGGAAGUUCAUAGAAUCUUUGGAGCCUCCUCGCGUAGUUCAGGUUCGUUGUCCCGACAUGGUUACCAAGGGAAACCUCUAUGGCCAAGUGACUGUCCGGAUGCACACCAGACAGAGUCUGAUUAUAUAUGACCGAUUUGGACGCGUACAGUACGGGAACGAAGAACCAAAGGAUGUUUUGGAGUAUGUGGUAUUUGAGCGUCAUAUGGUAAACCCAUAUGGAACAUGGAGAAUGCAUGGCAAGAUUGUUCCUGCAUGGGCGCCACCCAAAGACCCCAUUUUGAAGACUGUGAUGUUGCCUGGUCCUGACUUGAAGCCGUGUCAGGAGCUGGAGGAUGUGGUCCAUGAGACAACCCAAUCACCGCAACAGCAGUGGUAUAAAUAACAAUGCUUAUACUGCCAGCUAUGAUGAACGUUUCACAAGUAGUAGGUUAGGUGCUGGAUGUGUUAUACUGCAUUUUAGCAGACAAAUUAACUCUGCAAGCUCGUGAUCUGGGGUUCAUCCAACCAGAACUGGGACAUCGCUUCACAGACCCUGGAACCCGUGGAUUAGUUUGGCUCCUCAACUUGUAAAAUAAUAAACCAUGAUAAUAGGACUUGGGAA